CCUGGCGUGAAGACAGCAUCUUCUCCCUGGCAGUGGAUCCGACCCUCGAAGGACUUCUGCUGACCGGGAGAGCCAUGCCCAGCACCAGGAACCCCAGCCCAGGGGUGUCCCGGGACAGCAGUGGUCUGAGACCACUGGAGACCCUGAGGGGCCCGAGGAAUCCUCCAGCAGAUAAGAGAGUUGGAUCCUUGGACCGGCAGGUUCCCAGGAAGGCCUCUGAAUCCCCAAACUCCGGGUGCCCCUCCGGGCCCAGCUGCAGGAGGACAGCGAGCGAGGGCGCCAGAGGCUCUGGGAGGCCACCUCUCUCCACAGAAGCUCGGGGCCCUGCUGCCACAGCCCUCCCUCUGGGAGAGGGGAGCCAGCUUCUCCCCAGUGAGCAGGGCCCCUCAGAAGACACCAAGAAAGAGAGGCCCCCGAAGCCAGCCCAGCAGGGCUGGGUGAGAAUGUUCCUGAAUUUCCUGCUGCUGGGGCUAGAGGAGCCCAGAGAAAAGGCCAACAGGAAGUCAAAGGCCAAAGGCGAGAGGACGGAGCCCCUGGAGUGGGCCGAGGAGCCAGCCCUCAGUAAGAAGUCCCAGGAGAAGAGAGCGGGCCGCAAGAAACACAGCCACAGGAAGCCCGAUGUGGAGGAGCCUCGCGGGCCCCAGAACUCUGAGAUAGAAGCCAAGGAGGCAGACCUGGGGCUGAGCUGCGGGGGGGCCUUACCCACUGAAGGAGGCCAUGCUGAAUCCCCAGACAGACCUGCCCAAGCCGCGGGUCCCCCCUCGGAAGAGGACCCCCAGAAGCUUAACCAGGAUGAAGUCAUCUGGCAGAUAGUGGAGCUGCUCAAGAAAGCGGGAGACCAGCUGGAAGAGGUGAGCCGCAGGCGUCAGAGAACCCGACGGCAGCUCCUGCAAGAGCAAGCCCCUCAGCCAGAAGUGGCUCCACAGAGACCGACACCACCCCCAAGGAAGAAAACCCAGGAGAAGAAAUCCAGCCUGAAGAGGGCCUUGUCCUUCAAGAGGCUUGCCUCCGAGGAGCCCAGGAGAGAGGGCGCAGCCACUGCCGCGGCCCCGGAAACCCGGCCCAAGAGGCCCAGCUUCCUACCCCUGUGUGUCAGUAGCCAGAGAACGUCCACCUGCAGCAGCCAAGCUUCAGAGGCACCCGGAGCCGUCGAGGGCCUGUCUGUAGACGGCGGAGGCUUGCAGCCCUCUGAGCUCCACACACCAGCCGGAUGUCGGGAACCCACAGAGAAGCCGCUGCUGGACAGAGCCUCAGAAUCCAGAGAAUUCAGGCGGAAGAUCCUGGCCCUGCUCCAGAAUGCAGAGGAGCAGAAAGGAGAGCAGCAGGAGGCAGAGGAGGCCGGAGAAAACCCAGCCCCAGCCCCAGCCGGCAGGGUGAAGGCACACGGGAAGAAAUCCAACCUCCGGAGAGCCUUUUCUCUCAGGAAACACAGCUCCAAGGAUUCUAAGAGAACAGAGGCUUCGGGGACUCCGGACGCUGCCAGCAGCCCGGAGGCCAAGCCGCCCAAGAGGCACACCUUCCUGCCCUUGUGUGUCGGGGGCCACAGGGCUUCCAUCUCCUCCGGCAGCCCAGAAAGCCUGGAGUUCCAGAAGACGGAGGCUGCAGGGGGAGGACCAGCCGGGUCCCCAGAAGCACCCUUCCCGGCCAGAAGUCACCCACCACAGGAGGGGAUGCCACCCGAGGGAGCCUUCGAAUCCAAGGAGUUCAUCAUCUCUAAGCUGGUGGAGGACCUCCAAGAGGUGGACAGUGAGCUAGGGAGGCAGAUCCGGCAGCACCCCAGCUUCCGGCGCUUUUUCAAUGAGUUCUCGGAGGCCUCGCUCAGGAAGCUGGCGGCCGCCCUGGACGGGCAGAGGGCCCGCCUCUCAGGGGCCGCCGGGAGCCUCGCCGACAGACCCCCGCCCUGCGCCUUCGGCUCGCUCAACAAGUUUGCCGCCAACCACAGCUGCGCCAUCUGCACCCUCAUGCAGACCCGAGGCCAGUACCCGGGGCACAGCUACGCCCACUUCCUGUCCAGGAAGGCCCGGCAGGACAUCCUGAGUCUGGAUGGACAGAGCCCCGACUGAAGGACGCGCACGAGGACCAGCCGCUGGUCGGCAGCCUCGGCCCGGACGCCCUGACCCCCCUGCAGCAUGGCCCGGGUCUGUGCUUCCCCAACACCCCCAGAGACGAGCUUCGUGCGCCGCAGAGGGCAGAGCUGUGAGCGCGGAAGAUGGUGUGUGGAUCCCAGACAGUGGAGGCCUGAGGCUUGAUUUUGAUUUGAUUGUGACUGUGCCCUGAUUUUUUUCCCCCUUGAAGUAAGAAAGUGCUUAUUGGAGCCCACGGUUGAGAGACUUUGAAUUUUAAAACUUUGGAUUUUAAGAGGUGGGCUCUUUUUUAAAAGCUCAGGUUCUUUUUUUUAAUUUUUUAUUUUUUUUAGAUUUUAUUUAUUUUGAAUGCUCUAUGUGCGUGUACAUCUGCAGGCCAGAAGAGGGCAGUAGAAGAGGGUAUAGAUGGUUGUGAGCCACCUUGUGGUUGCUGGGAAUUGAACUCAUGACCUCUGGAAGAGCAGACAGAGCUCUUAAUCACUGAGCCAUCUCUCCAGCCCAGGAAUGAAAUUUUAAUGUGUUUGCUUUGUAAAGGAUAGGACUUUUAGCCAGGCAUGGUGGCACACACCUAUUAAUCCCAGUACUCACGGAGGCAGGGCCAGCCUGGCCUACAAAAUGAGUCCAGGACAGCCAAGGCUACACAGAGAACACUCCUUCCCCCACCCCCACCCCCCCAAAAAAAAAAGAAAAUUAAAAAAAAAACCCAACAACAAACCAAACAUAACAAAACAAAAUAAAACCCUUUUAAAGAUA